UUUUUUGGAGGAAUACUCUGUAGUGGUUAGAGAGUUGGGCCAGUAACCGAAAGGUUGCUGGAUCGAAUCCCCGAGCUGACAAAAAAAUCCCUGAGCUGUAAAAAUGUGUCGUUCUGCCCCUGAGCAAGGCAGUUAACCCACUGUUCCCCGGGCGCCAAAGACGUGGAUAUUGAUUAAUGCAGCCCGCGCACCUCUCUGAUUCAGAGGGGUUGGGUUAAAUGCGGAAGACAUUUGUACAGCUGACUAGGAAUGGCAAUAACAAAGAUUUGGCUGAGUGUCCUUGUUCUCCUGGUGACCUGCUCUGUUUUGGAAACACAGGAAUUCAUUGAGAUCUCAAGCCUUUUUCCACAGGCAUUCAACACAGAGUACAGCCCACAUCUGUCACAUGUUAGGGAAAAAAGAGCAGUAUUAUCCAAUCGAUGGAACUACAUGAUUGAUGUUGAAGUGAACGUGUCAGACAUCAAAACAAUAGAGCAAAUUAAGUCAGCUGUGAAUUCAACAAGUCUUCCCCUCACUAUCAACAACUCCACUGAAAUCUCUGACGUACACAUCACUACUGUGUGCUACCCAAAUGGUACUGGAUUCCAGUGCAGAUGUGAGGACCAGUAUCGUUGGUCAUAUAACAACUGUGUCACAUAUGGAUCCUGUGAUGACAUCACUGGUGACACAUGUGGAUGUAUCAAUGCCAAUCCAGCUGAUGGACAGUACUGCCAGCCAUACACAAAACCUGUCACUCUUCUGGAGUACUUUGUGGAAGUUGAGGUCAAUGUCAAUGACUUAAAAGCCAUAGACGAACCGAAGAACCUUCUGAAAAACCUCAGUUUACCAUUCGCACUUAGUAGCAUGAUCAACAUCACUGAUCUCAACAUUACUACAGUGUGCUCCACAAAUGGUACUGGAUUCCAGUGCAGAUGUGAGGACCAGUAUCGUUGGUCGUGUAACAAUUGCGCCAUCUAUGGUGCAUGUGAAGAAAAUACAGAUAAACCCUGUAGCUGUAUUAAUGCAAUUCCUUCUGAUGGAGAGUACUGCCAGUCGGUUCAAAACCCAAACUUUACAGCAUGUCCAACAACAACAACCUCUCCUACAACAGGUCCAACAGUACCACCGACUCUCUAUGAGUACAUGAUGGAAAUUGAACUGAACACCACAGAUGUUACAGUGAUAGAUCAACUGAGAGCCAUUCUGAGAAAUGCUAUUUACCCUGUCAGAAUCAAUAAUCUGAUACAAAUCACUGGUGUUAACAUGUCUACAGUUUGCUUCCCAAAUGGUACUGGAUUCCAGUGCAGAUGUGAGGACCAGUAUCGUUGGUCAUGUGACCAGUGCGUCUCUUAUGGGAAUUGUGAUGACAUCACAUCUGACACGUGUGGAUGUAUCAAUGCCAUUCCUCCAGAUGGACAGUACUGCCAGUCGGUUCACCACCAAAACUUUACAGCAUGUCCAACAACAACAACCUCUCCUACAACAGGUCCAACAGUACCACCGACUCUCUAUGAGUACAUGAUUGAAAUUGAACUGAACACCACAGAUGUUACAGUGAUAGAUCAACUGAGAGCCAUUCUGAGAAAUGCUAUUUACCCUGUCAGAAUCAAUAAUCUGAUACAAAUCACUGGUGUUAACAUGUCUACAGUUUGCUUCCCAAAUGGUACUGGAUUCCAGUGCAGAUGUGAGGACCAGUAUCGUUGGUCAUGUGACCAGUGCGUCUCUUAUGGGAAUUGUGACGACAUCACAUCUGAAACGUGUGGAUGUAUAAAUGCCAUUCCUCCAGAUGGACAGUACUGCCAGUCAGUUCACCACCAAAACUUUACAGCAUGUCCAACAACAACAGCCUCUCCUACAACAGUUCCAACAGUACCACCGACUCUCUAUGAGUACAUGAUUGAAAUUGAACUGAACACCACAGAUAUUACAGUGAUAGAUCAACUGAGAGCCAUUCUGAGAAAUGCUAUUUACCCUGUCAGAAUCAACAAUCUGAUACAAAUCACUGGUGUUAACAUGUCUACAGUUUGCUUCCCAAAUGGUACUGGAUUCCAGUGCAGAUGUGAGGACCAGUAUCGUUGGUCAUGUGACCAGUGCGUCUCUUAUGGGAAUUGUGAUGACAUCACAUCUGACACGUGUGGAUGUAUCAAUGCCAUUCCUCCAGAUGGACAGUACUGCCAGUCAGUUCACCACCAAAACUUUACAGCAUGUCCAACAACAACAACCUCUCCUACAACAGUUCCAACAGUACCACCGACUCUCUAUGAGUACAUGAUGGAAAUUGAACUGAACACCACAGAUAUUACAGUGAUAGAUCAACUGAGAGCCAUUCUGAGAAAUGCUAUUUACCCUGUCAGAAUCAACAAUCUGAUACAAAUCACUGGUGUUAACAUGUCUACAGUUUGCUUCCCAAAUGGUACUGGAUUCCAGUGCAGAUGUGAGGACCAGUAUCGUUGGUCAUGUGACCAGUGCGUCUCUUAUGGGAAUUGUGACGACAUCACAUCUGAAACGUGUGGAUGUAUAAAUGCCAUUCCUCCAGAUGGACAGUACUGCCAGUCAGUUCACCACCAAAACUUUACAGCAUGUCCAACAACAACAACCUCUCCUACAACAGUUCCAACAGUACCACCGACUCUCUAUGAGUACAUGAUGGAAAUUGAACUGAACACCACAGAUAUUACAGUGAUAGAUCAACUGAGAGCCAUUCUGAGAUAUGCUAUUUACCCUGUCAGAAUCAAUAAUCUGAUACAAAUCACUGGUGUUAACAUGUCUACAGUUUGCUUCCCAAAUGGUACUGGAUUCCAGUGCAGAUGUGAGGACCAGUAUCGUUGGUCAUGUGACCAGUGCGUCUCUUAUGGGAAUUGUGACGACAUCACAUCUGAAACGUGUGGAUGUAUAAAUGCCAUUCCUCCAGAUGGACAGUACUGCCAGUCAGUUCACCACCAAAACUUUACAGCAUGUCCAACAACAACAACCUCUCCUACAACAGUUCCAACAGUACCACCGACUCUCUAUGAGUACAUGAUUGAAAUUGAACUGAACACCACAGAUAUUACAGUGAUAGAUCAACUGAGAGCCAUUCUGAGAAAUGCUAUUUACCCUGUCAGAAUCAACAAUCUGAUACAAAUCACUGGUGUUAACAUGUCUACAGUUUGCUUCCCAAAUGGUACUGGAUUCCAGUGCAGAUGUGAGGACCAGUAUCGUUGGUCAUGUGACCAGUGCGUCUCUUAUGGGAAUUGUGAUGACAUCACAUCUGACACGUGUGGAUGUAUCAAUGCCAUUCCUCCAGAUGGACAGUACUGCCAGUCAGUUCACCACCAAAACUUUACAGCAUGUCCAACAACAACAACCUCUCCUACAACAGUUCCAACAGUACCACCGACUCUCUAUGAGUACAUGAUGGAAAUUGAACUGAACACCACAGAUAUUACAGUGAUAGAUCAACUGAGAGCCAUUCUGAGAUAUGCUAUUUACCCUGUCAGAAUCAAUAAUCUGAUACAAAUCACUGGUGUUAACAUGUCUACAGUUUGCUUCCCAAAUGGUACUGGAUUCCAGUGCAGAUGUGAGGACCAGUAUCGUUGGUCAUGUGACCAGUGCGUCUCUUAUGGGAAUUGUGAUGACAUCACAUCUGACACGUGUGGAUGUAUCAAUGCCAUUCCUCCAGAUGGACAGUACUGCCAGUCAGUUCACCACCAAAACUUUACAGCAUGUCCAACAACAACAACCUCUCCUACAACAGUUCCAACAGUACCACCGACUCUCUAUGAGUACAUGAUUGAAAUUGAACUGAACACCACAGAUAUUACAGUGAUAGAUCAACUGAGAGCCAUUCUGAGAAAUGCUAUUUACCCUGUCAGAAUCAACAAUCUGAUACAAAUCACUGGUGUUAACAUGUCUACAGUUUGCUUCCCAAAUGGUACUGGAUUCCAGUGCAGAUGUGAGGACCAGUAUCGUUGGUCAUGUGACCAGUGCGUCUCUUAUGGGAAUUGUGAUGACAUCACAUCUGACACGUGUGGAUGUAUCAAUGCCAUUCCUCCAGAUGGACAGUACUGCCAGUCAGUUCACCACCAAAACUUUACAGCAUGUCCAACAACAACAACCUCUCCUACAACAGUUCCAACAGUACCACCGACUCUCUAUGAGUACAUGAUUGAAAUUGAACUGAACACCACAGAUAUUACAGUGAUAGAUCAACUGAGAGCCAUUCUGAGAAAUGCUAUUUACCCUGUCAGAAUCAACAAUCUGAUACAAAUCACUGGUGUUAACAUGUCUACAGUUUGCUUCCCAAAUGGUACUGGAUUCCAGUGCAGAUGUGAGGACCAGUAUCGUUGGUCAUGUGACCAGUGCGUCUCUUAUGGGAAUUGUGAUGACAUCACAUCUGACACGUGUGGAUGUAUCAAUGCCAUUCCUCCAGAUGGACAGUACUGCCAAUCAGUUCACCACCAAAACUUCACAGCAUGUCCAACAACAACAGCCUCUCCUACAACAGACUCUACAACACCUGAGGACGGCACUACAGAACAAAUUACUACAGUUGAUAACACAACACAACUGAUCACAGUUACCAACUCUACAACACCUGGGGACCGCACUACAGAACAAAUAACUACAGUUGAUAACACAACACAACUGACCACAGUUACCAGUCCAACAGUAUCACCGACUCUCUAUGAGUACAUGAUUGAAAUUGAACUGAACACCACAGAUGUUACAGUGAUAGAUCAACUGAGAGCCAUUCUGAGAAAUGCUAUUUACCCUGUCAGAAUCAAUAAUCUGACACAAAUCACUGGUGUUAACAUGUCUACAGUUUGCUUCCCAAAUGGUACUGGAUUCCAGUGCAGAUGUGAGGACCAGUAUCGUUGGUCAUGUGACCAGUGUGUCUCUUAUGGGAAUUGUGAUGACAUCACAUCUGACACGUGUGGAUGUAUCAAUGCCAUUCCUCCAGAUGGACAGUACUGCCAGUCAGUUCACCACCAAAACUUCACAGCAUGUCCAACAACAACAACUUCUCCUACAACAGACUCUACAACACCUGAGGCCAGCACGACAGAACAAAUUACUACAGUUGAUAACACAACACAACUGAUCACAGUUACCAACUCUACAACACCUGAGGACGGCACUACAGAACAAAUAACUACAGCUGAUAACACAACACAACUGAUCACAGUUACCAGUCCAACAGUACCACCGACUCUCUAUGAGUACAUGAUUGAAAUUGAACUGAACACCACAGAUGUUACAGUGAUAGAUCAACUGAGAGCCAUUCUGAGAAAUGCUAUUUACCCUGUCAGAAUCAACAAUCUGAUACAAAUCACUGGUGUUAACAUGUCUACAGUUUGCUUCCCAAAUGGUACUGGAUUCCAGUGCAGAUGUGAGGACCAGUAUCGUUGGUCAUGUGACCAGUGUGUCUCUUUUGGGAAUUGUGAUGACAUCACAUCUGACACGUGUGGAUGUAUCAAUGCCAUUCCUCCAGAUGGACAGUACUGCCAGUCGGUUCAUCACCAAAACUUCACAGCAUGUCCAACAACAACAGCCUCUCCUACAACAGACUCUACAACACCUGAGGCCAGCACGACAGAACAAAUUACUACAGUUGAUAACACAACACAACUGAUCACAGUUACCAACUCUACAACACCUGAGGACGGCACUACAGAACAAAUAACUACAGUUGAUAACACAACACAACUGAUCACAGUUACCAACUCUACAACACCUGAGGACGGCACUACAGAACAAAUAACCACAGUUGAUAACACAACACAACUGAUCACUGUUACCAACUCUACAACACCUGAGGACGGCACUACAGAACAAAUACCCACAGUUGAUAACACAACACAACUGAUCACAGUUACCAACUCUACAACACUUGAGGCCAGCACUACAGAACAAAGUACUACAGCUGAUCCCACAACACAACUGACCACAGUUACCAACUCUACAACACCUGAGGCCAGCACUACAGAACAAAUAACUACAGUUGAUAACACAACACAACUGAUCACAGUUACCAACUCUACAACACCUGAGGCCAGCACUACAGAACAAAUAACUACAGUUGAUAACACAACACAACUGACCACUGUUACCAACUCUACAACACCUGAGGCCAGCACUACAGAACAAAUAACUACAGUUGAUAACACAACACAACUGACCACAGUUACCAACUCUACUACACCUGAGGCCAGCACUAGAGAACAAAUAACUACAGUUGAUCCCACAACACAACUGAACACAGUUACCAACUCUACAACACCUGAGGCCAGCACUACAGAACAAAUAACUACAGUUGAUAACACAACACAACUGAUCACAGUUACCAACUCUACAACACCUGAGGCCAGCACUACAGAACAAAUAACUACAGUUGAUAACACAACACAACUGACCACUGUUACCAACUCUACAACACCUGAGGCCAGCACUACAGAACAAAUAACUACAGUUGAUAACACAACACAACUGACCACAGUUACCAACUCUACUACACCUGAGGCCAGCACUAGAGAACAAAUAACUACAGUUGAUCCCACAACACAACUGAACACAGUUACCAACUCUACAACACCUGAGGCCAGCACUACAGAACAAAUAACUACAGUUGAUAACACAACACAACUGACCACUGUUACCAACUCUACAACACCUGAGGCCAGCACUACAGAACAAAUAACUACAGUUGAUAACACAACACAACUGAACACAGUUACCAACUCUACUACACCUGAGGCCAGCACUAGAGAACAAAUAACUACAGUUGAUCCCACAACACAACUGAACACAGUUACCAACUCUACAACACCUGAGGCCAGCACUACAGAACAAAUAACUACAGUUGAUAACACAACACAACUGACCACAGUUACCAACUCUACUACACCUGAGGCCAGCACUACAGAACAAAUAAUUACAGUUGAUAACACAACACAACUGACCACUGUUACCAACUCUACUACACCUGAGGCCAGCACUAGAGAACAAAUAACUACAGUUGAUAACACAACACAACUGACCACAGUUACCAACUCUACGACACCUGAGGCCAGCACUACAGAACAAAUGACCAAAGUUACCAACUCUACAACAACUCCACCCACAACAGGACAAAGUACUACAGCUGACCCCACAACACAACUGACCACAGUUACCAACUUUACUACACCUGCAGCUACAACAAAUCAGACCACUACAGUUGAUCACAACACAACACAACCGACCACAGUCACUAGAACUACAAUAACUACUGAACCACCACCAGCAACUACAAAAACGACACCACCAACAACAAUACCACCACCAACAACAAUACCACCACCAACACCACCAACAAUAGUACCACCACCACCAACAACAACACCACCACCAACUACAAAACCAGCUGAUAUUCUGUUGCUGGCGAUGUCCUUCAAAAUGAAUGAAGAUUUCACCAACGAACUAAAUGAUAAAAAUAGUGUCAAAUACAAAAAGUACAAAGGCGAUAUUGAACCAGUUAUCCAGGCCCAGUAUAAGAAGCACAUGACAGGAUUUAUUUCAGCAGCAUUGACAAGCUUCAGCCGUGGAAGUGUUAUAGCCAACUUUGAUGUUAUGACCACAGCUGCAGACCCCACUGCAAUUAACAAUGCUAAUGCUGGACUUGCAUCAUCACUUCCAGCUGUUUAUCAAGUUGAUAUUAGCUCUUUCAAUAUGAUUUAUAACAGUGGCACAGUAUUAAGUUAUAAACCAACUACCAUUUACACUGAUGGCACCAUGACUCUGGAGUGUGGACCACCUCCUGGUACUAUAAAGAUGGGUACUAUUAAAAGCGUUGAGUGGAAACGAAAGGGAAGAGUUUUAACAUCGACUGGAAGGUUCAACAUCAAUACAGAUGAUUUUGCAUCAAAAAAGACAACACUUGGUGUCAAAAAUGUAAUUGCUGAUGAUAAAGGGGAAUAUGAAUGCACUCUGAAGAGUGACGAAAUCUAUUUCUACCAAAUGGGUCAAAUUGACAUCAAAGAUGCUCCCAUUAUUCAAACGAAGACAGAAAUCAAUACCCAUUGUUCGGAAGGGCAAAGUCAGCAAUUGGAGUGUUGUGUGCAGACUCCCUAUAAACUAAUAUGGAAAGAAGGUGAUGUAGAAUUGCCCACAAAUGAGACUCCUGACAAUUGCAUUGAAUAUAAAUAUCAAAUUCAAAACUGUGAUGUGUCAUCCAAAGUUGUCACAUUAACAUGCCAAGUGAAAGACCCAACAGGAUAUGAAAAGACUACAAAAUUGACUCUUUUCAAAGGAGCUAUAAGUUGCACCGAUCUGGAAUAUGGUAGUGGCCAAGAGAAAGACACAUCAGUGGCACCAUGUAAGAAAGGUGAGGAUGGAAGUAAGACAGCGAUUUGUGAAAGUGGACAUUGGAAACCUCAGACUGACACUUGUGUCUUGACUGCAAUCAGUGAGCUACUGACCUCAUCUCAGGACUUGAAAGAGGCAACAGUUGAAGAAUUUUUAACAAAACUCAAUAAUACCGCUGUUGAUCUAAAAGAGAAAAUCGUUAGUUCAAGUGCAACUAUUUCGACCAUUGUUGAUAUUCUGAGAAUUGUUGCAAGCGUUUCAAAGAAUAUCAGCCAGUCUGAGAUAAAGAACAUUCUAGAAACAGUGAAUGUCCUAGUUUCUGAUGAAGCAAAAGAAUCCUGGGACUUUCUCAAUGCCGACCAAAAUAAGAACACCAGCUCUAGUUUACUGGGCUCCAUGGAAUUUUUUGCAGGUUCUCUCCCAGCAACGACCUUUAAUGUGACAACAAAACUAAUUCAGUUAAACCAAGACACAUUUAACAACUCAUUCAGCACAAACUUAAAUUCAAGUGUGUUAAUAGAGAUUCCAGAGACUAAUUCCAAUCACCUCACCAUCACCACUCUAACGUUCCGCACCCUCAAAAAUGUGUUACCUGCCAGGAACGGCAGCAACCAAAGUGUCAAUGACAACACCAUCAAUGGACUUGUAGUGAUGGUGAAGUUGAAUGGAACGACUAAAAAUGUCUCAUUGAGCUUCGAAAAGUUGAACAAGUCGCUCACAUUCAACCCUCAGUGUGUUUUCUGGAACUUCAGCCUUUUUAACAGCCUUGGAGGAUGGGAUGACACAGGAUGUCAAUGGAAGUCUAAUGAGAAUGGCAAGGUCAUCUGUCACUGUAACCAUCUGACCUCCUUCUCCAUUUUGAUGUCAACUUCCAUUCCAAAAGAGAUUCAAGAUGCUUUGGAUAUAAUCACUUAUGUUGGAGUUGGCAUAUCGAUGGGUAGCUUAGUCAUUUGUCUCAUCAUUGAGGCUUGUGUAUGGAAGGCCAUGACCAGAAACAACACCUCUUACAUGCGCCAUGUCUCCAUUGUGAACAUCGCUGUGUCUCUCCUGAUUGCCGACAUUUGGUUCAUUAUUGGUGCAUCAAUAUCAAAAAAUACCCUUGAAAACCCAGGCGAAGACACCACAACACCUAUACCGGCAUGUACUGCAGCUACGUUUUUCAUUCACUUUUUCUACCUUGCUCUGUUCUUUUGGAUGCUGAUCUCAGGCCUUCUCCUUUUCUACCGGACCAUCUUGGUUUUCUCCCAUAUGUCAAAAUCAACUAUGCUGGCUAUUGGCUUCUCAGUAGGCUAUGGGGCACCUCUUAUCAUUGCUGUUGUUACUGUGGCAGCAACAGCUCCUAGUGGUGGAUACAUCAAGGAAAACCAGGCAUGUUGGCUCAACUGGGACAAGACAAUGGCUCUCCUUGCUUUUGUGAUCCCUGCCCUGACCAUAGUGGUCAUCAACUUUUUGAUCCUGAUUGUGGUUCUGUACAAAAUGCUGAGGAGAGGGGUGGGGGAUGCUACCCAGCCAGAUGAGAGAAAUGCUGUUGUGGUCAUUGCCAGAUGUCUGGCCAUUCUGACUCCAUUCUUUGGCCUUACCUGGGGACUGGGAGUAGGAACCAUGGUUGAUCCAACAAAUAAGGGAAUCCAUGUUGUAUUUGCCCUCUUCAAUUCACUACAGGGUUUCUUUGUUUUGGUGUUUGGAACACUUUUAGACGGCAAGAUCCGGUCAGCCAUAGUAGGAACGUUCUCUUCCAUCCUCCCAGGCUCUGACCGUACGAGGAGUACCAGUGGUGGCGCGGCAACAUCAUCAACCAGUGCAUUAAACUUCAUCCGAAGAAGGAUAAGGAGGAAUGUCUACAAUGUUUCGGAAGUUGCAAAUUCUUCCAACAGCACUGGUGCUACAGAGUCUUUCAUCAACACCUAAAAGUACCCAAUGGUCAUACUUGAGUUAAAGUAUAGAUACCUUAAUAUGAAGUUACUCAAGUAAAAGUCACCCAGUGAAAAACUAUUUGAGUAAAAUGAUUUGUUUUUAAAUAUACUUAAGUAUCAAAAGUAAAUGUAAUUGAUAAAAAAAUACUUAAGUAAGUAUCAAAAGUAGAAGUAUAAAUAAUUUAAAAUUCUUUCUUUUAAGCAAAGCAGCUGGCACCAUUUUAUUGUUUUUAAAAUGUAUGGAUAGCCAAGAAUUAUAGCCUUUGACCUGGACCUGCCAUAAAACAUGGCUUGGUCCAACACACAAUGAAUCUAUUGAUGUGAAGAUUUGUGGACUUUUCUGGAAUAAUGUUGUGAGUUCUACAGUGCCUUGCAAAAUGAUUCAUCCUCAUUGGCAUUUUUCCUAUUUUGUUGCAUUAAAACCUGUAAUUUAAAUAGAUUUUUAUUUGGAUUUCAUGCAAUGGACAUACACAAAAUAAUCAAAAUUGGUGAAAUGAAAUUUAAAAAAUUACUUGUUUAAAAAAAUUCAAAAAAUAUAACACGGAAAAGUGGUGUGUGCAUAUGUAUUCACCCCCUUUGCUGUGAAGUCCCCAAAUAAGAUCUUGUGCAAUCAAUUACCUUCAUAAGUCACAUAAUUUGUUAAAUGAAGUCCACCUGUGUGCAAUCUAAGUGUCACAUGAUCUGUCACAUGACCUCAGUAUAUAUACACCUGUUCUGGAUGGUCCCAGAGUCUGCAACACCACUAAGCAAGGGGCACCACCAAGCAAGUGGCACCAUGAAGACCAAGGAGCUCUCCAAACAGGUCAGGGACAAAGUUGUGGAGAAGUACAAAUCAUGGUUGGGUUAUACAAAAUAUCAGAAACUUUGAACAUCCCACAGAGCACCAUUAAAUCCAUUAUUAAAAAAUUGAAAGAAUAUGGCACCAUAACAAACCUAUCUAGAAGAAAAAGAAACGCACAUGUAUUUAGGCAAGGUGCUGGUUUGCGGAGUAGAAAACUUAAAAAUAAAAGAGAGCCGCACACUCUAGGAGCUCAGAUGCCAAGCUGUCUUCAUCAGGGUAUAAUCACAAACACUGCGGGAUGACUCGUUUAUAUAGUGUCAAAAGACACAGGUGUCUGUAAUCAUGGCCAAGAGUGGCCUAAUAUAAUUGUUUAAUUAUCAAAUAUUAAAAUGGCAUACAUAGAACAGCAUACAAACCUGCCAAGAGAUGGCCUCCCAUCAAAACUCACAGACCAGGUAAGGAGGGCAUUAAUCAGAGAGGCAACAAAGAGACCAAAGAUAAUCCUGAAGGAGCUGCAAAGCUCCACAGCGGAGAUUGGAGUAUCUGUCCAUAGGACCACUUUAAGCCGUUCACUCCACAGAGCUGGGCUUUAAUGGAAGAGUGGCCAGAAAAAAGCCAUUGCUUAAUGAACAAAAUAAGCAAACACGUUUGGUGUUCGCCAAAAGGCAUGUGGGAGACUCCCCAAACAUAUGGAACAAGGUACUCUGGUCAGAUGAGUCUAAAAGUUUGCUUUUUGGCCAUCAAGGAAAAUGCUAUGUCUGGCGCAAACCCAACACCUCUCAUCAUCCCGAGAACAUCAUCCACACAGUGAAGCAUGGGGGUGGCAGCAUCAUGCUGUGGGGAUGUUUUUCAUCAGCAGGGACUGGGAAACUGGUCAGAAUUGAAGGAAUGAUGGGUGGCGCUAAAUACAGGGAAAUUCUUCAGGGAAACCUGUUUCAGUCUUCCAGAGAUUUGAGACUGGGACGGAGGUUCACCUUCCAGCAGGGCAAUGACCCUAAGCAUUUAAAUGUCUUUAAAUGUCUUGGAAUGGCCUAGUCAAAGCCCAGACCUCAAUCCAAUUGAGAAUCUGUGGUAUGACUUAAAGAUCGCUGUACACCAGCGGAACCCAAGAGAAGUUUUGCCUUGAAGAAUGGGCAAAAAUCCCAGUGGUUAGAUGUGCCAAGCUUAUAGAGACAUACCCCAAGAGACUUGCAGCUGUAAUUGCUGAAAAAGGUGGCUUUACAAAGUAUUGACCUUGGGGGGAUGAGUAGUUAUGCACACUCAAGUUUUAUUUUUGUGUGUGUCUUAUUUCUUGUUUGUUUCACAAUAAAAAAUCUUCAAAGUGGUAGGCAUGUUGAGAAAAUCAGAUGACACAAACCCCCCCAAAAUCUAUUUUCAUUCCAGGUUGUAAGGCAACAAAAUAGGAAAAAUGCCCAGGGUGAAUACUUUCGUAAGCCACUGUAUAAGGGAUCUGUCUGAGAGACUUGCCUCUUUUUUGUUGUACACAUUUAUGAGUCUAGACGCUACAGUAAAUGAUGGACCAGCUUCUGAACAAGACAUAGCACUUUAAAUUAUGUAUGGUAUUGAAGUACUUUUUCUUUUUUGCGAUUCAGAUUUCCAAAGAAACCGUAGCAAUAUUCAAAUAUAAUAGAUGACCAGACAAUUACAGGAACUUAUGAAGGUCAAUUAGCUGCAUUGGUCCAGACAAGUGCGAACUGCAUGACAGAGAAUUCGCCUUUUUUUAAAUACAUUUUUACUUAAUUUUUUACUCCAUACUUUAUAUUAAGCUAUGGUUUUCCAUAAUGUUGCCAUUGCCACUUCUGUGCGUUGUAUUAAGACAUGUUAUACAGCUGCUAUUGACUUUUCUUAUGUAAUGGGCAUAUUUUAAAUGUGUAUAAUAUAUUGUUGAAGAUGUAGUAGUAACAAAGAGUUUUGUCACGUUGAUCCUGUCUCACAGACGGUGUUGCUGCAACUCGAUUAAAAAAGUCUUGGUUCAACCAUCUACCCAAUAAACAUGUCGUGUUUGCCAUA